AACAAACCAACAAAUAUGGCGUUUUUUAUAACCUCUCUGUGUAUAUUCUUCGAAGGCGAAACAAAAUCGAUUUCUAGGGGUGAAAAUCAUUACAAAUCUGGACAUGUAGAGUCUAUUACAUACAUUCCUGGAGUUCUGAAAGGAAAGGUUCGCGCUAGCAUGAAGGACAAGGUCUAUAAUGUUACGGUAUAUGUUGACGAGAGCUACUUAAUUAAAUCAACACAGUGUGAAUGCCCUAGAGGUGAAUUCAAGUGUAGCCAUGCAGCUGCCCUUUUUAUUCAUGCCAUCAACAGCAUUAGUGUGACAGAUGUAGAGUGCUCAUGGAAAAGGCAGAAGACUGAGAGCCUUUCCACACAUGCAGUAUCCGAACUUUAUCAACCCAGAAGGCCAGGAUAUGUUCCACUCACAAGGGAGCCAAAUGAUGAAGACAAAGCUGCACUUUAUGCCGAUUUGUGCAAUUAUGGCCGAUUUACAGGCCUGUGGUGGCUUUUAAGUCCUGAGCCUCAAAAGCAGGAGAAGGCUCAAGUAAAAUUGAUCAAAGAAGUUGUCUUUUCAAGCGAAACACUGGAAAUUCCUUCAUUUGUUGAAAGGCUCGAUUUCAUAAAAAGCAAAAUUUUGGUAACUUCACAGGAGAUUUUAAAAGCCAGUCAACUUACUAUUGGACAGAGGGAAAAUCCACAGUGGCAUCUUGUUAGAAAAGGAAGGCUAACUGCAAGUAGGUUUGGUUUAGUCCUGAAUGCCAAGAGGAUAACACCUUCCUUAAUCAAACAAAUUCUUGGAGAGUAUGAUCUAUCUGGAGUUAAAUCUAUUGCUUGGGGCUUGACCAAUGAGGCUGAGGCUAUUGGUGCAUUCUCUAAAAGAACCAAGCUGGAGGUUGUGAGCACAGGGAUAUGGCUUGAUUCUUCUGGGGUUUUGGGUGCUUCGCCUGAUGGUUUAGUAGGUUUGGAUCAUGUUUUGGAAGUUAAGUGCCCCUAUACACAAAAAGAUCAGUCACUUGAAGAGGCAUUAAAAAGCAAGACAUUUUGUCUACAAAAGGAAGGUUCCUUGUAUCUUUUGAAGAAAGAUCAUGCAUAUUGGCAUCAGGUACAAGGGCAAAUGUAUCUCACAAAUAGAAACAAUUGCUAUUUUGUUGUGUGGACACUAACAUGGUCGGUAAUAACCGAAAUAAAGAAGGAUCCUUCUUGGGAGGAAAAUAUUGACAAAUUGAAGAAUUUUUAUUUUGGCAACAUCCUACCAAAGAUAAUGAAUGAUGAACUGUUUUAAAAUAUACAUUGCUAUUUUGCUUU